UAUAGUUGUGGAGAAUAUAUCUCAUAUAGAACACACAAAAGUUUUAAGCAAGAUGUGGUCACCAAACUCAAAGCUUUACUUUGUUGCUCUCCUUUUCAUUGUUUCACUCCUUGCUAACAAUGGACAAUCAACUCGAAUAAUGGACGAUAAGUUUCCAGAAUGUGAAUUUAAAGGACCAUGCCAGACAAAAAGUGAUUGUUUGGGGACAUGUGGAGGCAAACCUGAAACUGCUCUAUGUAUACCAAAUCCUAGCGUAGAGGCCCUUCAAUGCUGUUGUAUUUCAAACUAGUUUUAUUGGAAUUAUAAUUUACUGUUAAAUAAAAUUCUAUCAAUA